CACUCCGGCAGGAUGGAAAUGGGACGUUCUUCACAAGACCACUAAAAUGAGUGUAGCUAAAAAUUUCAAGAUAAUUCUAACCAAAUCACAUGUCGUCUAUUUUCCUGGACAGGAUAUCGACGGCAUUGUACAAUUUAAUAUCGGCGAAAAGAUUGAAACAACUGGUGUUCACCUUGAGUUAACGGGUCUAUCUUAUGUUUCAUUCGAGGAGAAGCUCAAAAAAACGAAGAAUGCUGGGAUCUGUCACCACUCCUCUCUAGAGAGAUACUGGCAUACAAAGAUUGAUUUGGCCACCAAAGAUGGCGCUACAUUUUCCUUGACGACUGGUACCUAUCAGUAUCCCUUUACUGCGCAACUUCCGGAUGACUUGCCCACGUCUUUUGAGUGCGAGAACGGGUGCACGCGGUACUACUUGAGAUCGUAUAUAUCACGUGAGUCCCAGGGCGAUCUGGACUGCCUUCUUCCAUUCACAGUCAUCACGUUCUUUAACCUGAACGAUUCACCUUACGCAAUGAGGUCAGAGGAGGCGGAAGAUGUACAAACAGUGGGGUGUUGUACUUCCGGUUCAGUGAAUACGAGACUGAAGGUUGCAAAGUUAGGAUAUGUUCCAGGGGAGAAAAUUCACAUCAACGGCGAAUGCGACAACAAAACCCAAAAUACACUCAAAAACGCAAGUCUGGACCUUAAAAUGAAUAUCACACUAAAGGCAACGGACAAAGAACGUUUCCUACAGAAAGACGUGCGGACGUGGCGGCUGGGGGAAAUUCAGGCUAACACAACUUUAUGUCUUGAUGACCUUCAUCUUGUAGUUCCGCCUUUACCCUCGUCAGGCUCCAGAUUCUGCAACAAUAUUGAUGUGCACUACUGUCUACAAUUAACAGUGCAGGUCACUUCCGGUGUUACUUCUACAGCAUCUGUUGGUCUCAUCAUCGGAAAUGUUCCGUUAGAACUUGGUGAUAAUGUCUUUACUGGUAGAAAAGGUGCAGACGACAGUGAACAUACAGAUAAACAACUUCCGGAUCCCAUACGAAGCUUGACAAGGAAGCUUAAUGGUGCUGCAGUAUCUAGAGAUAGUGACUUUACGGUGACCUUGGACCACUAUUUCCCACUACCUGGCCCAGGUGUCGACGACUACCAAGAGCGAGUUCCUUUGCAAUGCCCAGAAAUUAAAUGGCAUCCGUCUUAUCUCUGCUUUGUCCAAAGACCCGACAAAGGCACUGACGGAACAUGAUUAGAACCGACAAAGGCACUGACGGAACAUGAUUAGAAUAUGAUGAAAGGGAUUGAAAAUGAAGAGUCCUAAACUAGUUAACUUUACUUUCACUGUGGUCUAAUUUUCGCUAUUUUCAAUGUAUACCAAACCCAUGAAAUUAAAACGGCAGUGAAUAUAACAUUGUCGUGACAUCUAUAUAGAACAAUCUGUGAAUUUAACAAUGUGUGUGAAAUUGGUUGUUGGCAAGAAAUCAUGAAAAUAUUCAAAGUUGAUAGCGUCGAAUUCAGCGAGUUGGCAUCGUCCUUGUCUGAAAAUGCAGUAAUGAUGUCGAUAUUGAGAAAUCGAAACUCGACAGGUAGUGGUGUAUCCGAAUAUACGCAAUAUGAAGGAUACUGCGGAAACAAUUUACUUUGCUAUCUAGAAAUGGUGAAGAAAAGUAGACCGUAGACAGGAAGUAUAAAGGUGUCACGUGACUCGGAGUCCGAGGAACUACCAUACAGUUGAAUUGUUUCGAGGUUGAAUGAAAUAAAAUUAUGACACUUGGUUAGA